AUGGAAGAAGUCAUCUUUUCCAACAAUUCCAACAGUUUUGAACCUCUUGCAUCAACAAUUAGUGCUCCUGAAGUUGACUUGGGAUCUGACUUCAUGGCUAAUGAUCAGGAGUUUCUGGAUAUUUUGCAACACAAAUAUAAGAAGCCAAGCAAUACUUUUCACUUUCCUCCAGAUAGAUCUAUAAAGCCACACCCAGCAUUUUUAUUUGUUCCUAGCCAUGCAACUUCAGGAUCAUUUUUGCAGUCGAUGAAAGACACAUUUGAAAAAGAAUAUGAAAAAAGAAAAAAUGAAGAGAAUAUAACCAAAACUAAUCCGGAAGAAAAGCUGGAGCCUUUUUUAACAUUGUCGCCACCAAAAAUGUUUCAGGCAGUAGAUUAUUAUGAGUUUAUGCCCAAAUAUUAUUCAUACGUAUCGCUUAGACCUCGGUCGGAUAUCAAAUCAAAUGCAAAAGUUUUAUCUGAAGAAGAAAAAUUCCAAAAAAAUUCAGAGGGAUAUUUAGUUUAUAUACCUGACAAUACUUUGUUACAAUCAUUUGAUGGGUUUUUAGAUGAGGGCCAAAUAGUUAGCCGUUUACAACUGAAGGUGGAGCUAGUUGUCGAAAAAGCAAAAAAUGAUGGUGAUAAUACAAGGGUAGGUGGAAAGGUUUGGGGUGCUGUUUCCAAGUAUCUUGAAAAUGUAGGUUUGUCCAAGUCUGACAAUUCUCAAAGUAUGUGGGAUGUGGAAGCCUACGUAUGGAAUGGCAACUCUCGGUUUGGCGAAUGGGAAAUUAUUGACUAA